UGUUACAGCUAUUGCAUCCAUUGCAUAGUUAUUGAAUAUUGAUGUCUUCCGUCUGUUUUUGUUUGAGAACUGACGAUAAUUGCAGUACAAUAUGCCUAAAAACAUAACUAGCGAAGUGCGAGACAUAAUUCUAAGAGUGAAAGAGUUCAUGGAUGAGGAGAAACGAAUGCAGGUGCCGAUAAUACCUCUGAGUAAGGUAUACGUAAGGGUAUCUGCUGCUACAGGAGUCUCUGAACGCACUGUACUAAAUAUAGUCAAAGAAGCAAGGCUAGUGGAACAAGGGCUUAUUGAUCCUGAAACUUUAAAAAAGACACCUAAAAAAAGAGUAAGGACCAAAGGUAAAAUUGAAGUAGAUGAAUAUGAUUUACAAGUCAUUAGAAGAAAAAUACAUGAAUUCUACGCUUUCAAGAAAGAAGUGCCUACUAUUAAUAAGUUAUUAGAAAUUUUAAAAGAGGAAAUUAACUUUAAAGGUUCUCGGGAAACCCUAAGAAAAAUAUUACGGAAAAAUGGCUUCCAAUUUAGAAAAACUAAGAAUAAUAAAGAGAAGGAUCCCAUACCGGAAGCGACAUCAUCAGUUCCUCCAAUGGUCGCGCCAUAUAUUCAUUCAAUGUUUAGUCAUAAAAAUAUACAGUAGGAAACCAUGACAUUCUUGUAGAGCUUAGAGCCUAUUACACUAUCAUAUAUAUAGAAAAUAUUUACAAAGAAUUCUUAGUAAAUGUUACAAGAGAAAGUAACAGUGAUCUCAUUACACUGGAACACUAUGAUAGCUUAAUUUUACAAUGUCUCAUAAAGAUGAGAAAUACCUACCUACCUAGUCUUAAUGAGAUCACUUCUUAUUUUCAUUCUGUAUUUAUUUAUGAAAUAUAUGAUGAUAGUUUAAUAAGUGUUGUCUGAAUUGAAAUUUGAGACAAAAAUGAAUACCAUUUCUAAAAGUGAACUAAUGAGUGAAUUUUAUUGACUAGUAGUAACAUUAUACACAUACAAUCUAUUUUACUUUAACACAUUGUAUGUGUUCAAUACUACAAUAAUGUAUUGAAAACUGUGCAAUUGAUAUGCAAUAUUGAUAUAACUUUAAUAUUUAUCUCUCACAUUAAUGUUUAUUUACAUUUUUGUACUCAAAUUACAUUUCAGAUUUUAAAACAUAGAAUUUAGAUCAUCUGUAGUGAUAUUAGUAUAAUAUCCUAUCUUAUAUAAUAUUUCUCAAUUUUAUGUUCAUGUUUGUUAUAUUCUUUUUUCUGGAUUCUAGCAUAUCUAGUAAUCUUUAUACCAACCAGCAAUUUUUUUAUUACUAGUUCUAAAUAAUGACACUGUCUACAAAGGUAUUAUUACAUGGUACAAAUCUCAAGAGGGAACAAUACGUAGGUAUUAUAUGACAAAGGUAAAACCAUUGUUCUUUAAAUUUCUAAGAAUAUGAAUGUGAUUUUUUUAAAUUAUAUUUUGGAAAUAAGGGUAAAGAUAUGUAUAUAGUAUGGAAUGAUGAAUGAUGAUAUGGAAGUAAAUAUCAAGAUGACUACAAACAGGGAUGAACGCAAAAGAAAAACAAACAUAUUACGCCAACCCCAAAUAAAUGGGAUAAGGAAGAAGCAGAUGAUGGUAAAUAAACAGCAUUUGAGAUAAUUUAAUUAAACUAACUUAUCAAUAUCUAACCUGAUAUCAUUGAAGAUACUAGAAUGAAGGUAGAAAUAAAUAUUAUUAUUAUUUGGCCUGUCAGAGUCUAUAAUGUCUUUCUAAUGGAUUAGUUGAAAAUAUUUUAAUUCUAUAUUUCAAUAGAUGUGUGUUAUGAUAGUUCCACAAGGUGUAAUUUCAGCCCUACCCGCACGCGGGGGUGUACUAGAGCUCAGUAAGUCAAAUACGCUCGUAUAUCGUCCGACGUUUAAUAACACCCUUUUUAUAUUAUUGAAUAAACUGUUUAAUUUUUAUUUUAAAUAUAACAUAAUUGUAUGGUGCACAGCAUAC